UUGGACAGGCGCGGUCAUGUGACCUCACAGCUGAUUUACUAGCGUUAGUGGCUUCCAGGCUUCCCUGUCACUUCGCAGGAUCAUGAACCCGCUCCUUCUCGACGCGUUUCGCUUUAUCGCAACCUGCUGAUAUUUCGCCGGUGUAUGUGUGUUUCCGCCGCUCCCGGCUAUUCGCGCUGACCAAAAAUAUUAAAAAGAGAGGAGAAAACAUGGCUCAGUCGGCGCACUUUAACGUCCUCGAUCUCAACAUGUCGAUCAGAGUGGAGCACGACAGACGGCGGCGGCAGUUUACAGUUAGCCUAAACGGCUCUCACGAUCGAGCUGUACUGUUGUAUGAGUACGUUGGGAAGAGGACUGUGGACCUGCAGCACACAGAAGUACCAGAUGCCUAUAGAGGGAGAGGCAUUGCUAAGCACUUGGCAAAGGCUGCCAUGGAUUUCGUGGUGGAAGAGGGACUGAAGGCCCACCUAACAUGUUGGUACAUCCAGAAGUACGUCAAGGAAAACCCUCAGCCUCAGUAUCUGGAGUGCAUCCUUCACUGAUCUCCAGGAGAAGAGGAGGAGCUACCAGCAUUUCCAGGGUUGGGGGUUCCUUCAUUAGCACGUCGCACACUUCACGAUCCAGAGAUUGUUCACACCAGCCGAACGCAGACUCUUAAUUUUUUUUUCCUUUUUUUAUGAGAACUUUCAGCUGAUGGAGACCGAAGUGAAAGCCUUGAGUACAAUGUACCUGUUCCAGUAAGCAAAGUGAACAUUUAUUCGACCUGCCGUGGGCUAAUUUUUCCUGCUAGCAAUACAAGAUGGACGAUCGAGUCUGCUGUCACGCUCGCCAAGGUUCUAACGUUUAGAGCUAGGUGCUGUUACAGCUGCAGAUGUGCAUCGCAGGUUUUGAGAAGGUCAGCUCAGGAUGCCUUUAAGGGGCAAGGUGCUGCUGAGCAAAGGCACAGGCGUCAGAGACGAGGCAGUGACUGACGUAAGACACUCAUACCCAAUAAAGUAGCGUGAGGGAAGUUGGCUUGAGUAUGAAAAUCGGAUUUCACUAAUGUCAGCUUGGCCGUAGAAGCGCGAGCAAGCUGCUUUCACCAGUUCGUUUUUCGAGCGGUAGGCUGUACAUGUGUGCAAGGCCUGCGUGCUGACAGAUGGUUAUGAACACUCUUUAUUUUCAUGGCUGGAAAAGCUCACAAUGCAGUGAAACCACAGACAUGCUGUUCCCCCCCCCCCCCCGCCCCCAUCACACAGGACCUUUGGCACCUGGUUAACCUUACUCAGGAAAGAGGAGGACAUUUGCACUGAAACAUCAAUGGGGAAAAAAACCUUUAAUUCUUUGCGUCAAGUCUUUUUUUAAUUUCAGUACUAAUAAAUACUUUUUAAAAGCUGGA